AUGGGAACGGAUGGGGCGGAUGAAUGGGUGACUCCGGAAGAAGUAACGACGGUCAUACUAGCCUUGGUGCAGUCGGACCAUGUGGGCGAGGCUAUUGGAGAUCAGUCUGGUCAAGAGCCCCAGUUGCUAGCAAGAGUGGUACGAUUCUUGAGGUUUCGAAAGGCGGUUGGGAUUGUCAAGCAGUUUCACAACGAGGGCAGGGGACAGCCUUACGACGAUACAAUGGAAGAAGAGGCACAUGUCGGGGUGGGCGCCUCAGGGCCAUCCCAGGGCCUCCGCCGGCAUUCCUCUCGAGGAAAGCGAAUGGGUGGUUUUGCUGGGCAAGCCAGCUGGGCCAGCAGCGUGAUCAACUUAGUCAAUACCAUCAUCGGAGCGGGCGUAUUGGCCAUGCCACUGGCUAUCUCACACUUUGGGAUCGUGUUAGGAGUCUUCGUCAUCCUGUGGUCUGGCUGCACCGCCGGUUUCGGUCUAUACCUCCAGUCGCGGUGUGCACAAUAUCUGGAUCGAGGAAACGCUUCGUUCUUCGCUCUGUCGCAACUUACGUACCCGAAUGCCGCCGUGGUAUUUGACGCGGCGAUUGCGAUCAAGUGUUUUGGCGUUGGGGUCAGCUAUUUGAUUAUCAUCGGCGAUCUCAUGCCAGGCGUUGUCCAGGGCUUCGUGGGCGGCGACCCGGCCAACGACGUGCUCGUGGACCGUCAUUUUUGGGUGACUGCUUUCAUGUUGAUUGUGAUCCCUCUUUCCUACCUACGCCGACUAGACUCUCUGAAGUACACUAGUGUUGCGGCGUUGUUUUCUAUGGCAUACCUCGUCAUCCUGGUGGUUUAUCACUUUGUUAUAGGCGAUACCACUCAAGACCGUGGGCCCAUUCGGGUGGGCCAUUGGGCCGGUCCCAUUCCAACUUUGAGCAGCUUCCCGGUGAUCGUUUUUGCAUUCACCUGCCAUCAAAAUAUGUUCUCGAUCCUGAAUGAAAUUGCGAACAACAGCCACUUUCGCACGACGAGUGUUGUCCUCGCCAGUAUCGGCAGUGCCGCUGCCACAUAUAUUCUCGUUGCCAUUACUGCAAUUGUCAUGCUGGUCGUCUUCUCAUACCCGCUGCAAUGCCACCCUUGCCGCGCAUCGGUCGAUGCUGUUCUCAAAUGGCGCCCCAUGUCUCAGAACGCAGGUCACGAAGGUUCUCCGAAUCGGCAUCCCUUGCUUGGACCGCGCGGAAACCGUACUCCAGAGCCCAUGAGCGAUCUUCGAUUCUCAAUUAUCACCACUACGAUUCUUAUUCUGAGCUACAUCGUUGCUAUGACAGUUUCUUCGCUUGAAGCGGUUCUGGCCUAUGUCGGCAGCACUGGGAGCACGAGCAUCAGUUUCAUUUUACCUGGCCUCUUCUACUACAAGAUCUCAUCACCCGAUUCGCCCGCUCACCGUGGUCUGUUGAAAGAGGACGACGAAGUCAGUGACGUGUCGGAUGAUGACGAUCAUGCCGGUGACGGCGAGGGCUCUCUAGCUCGUUCCUUGUCAGAAAGUGGUCUUCUGCGACGCAGUGGCCGCCACUGGCACAAAUCGUUACUCCGUCCACUCAGCUUGGCCUUGGCUUGUUAUGGCGCUCUUGUCAUGGUCGUCUGCUUGAUUACAAACACCUUCUUUAUCGCUUCGCAUUGA